AUGCAGCAAAAUCCACUACUAGACGAACUGGAACCUGAGCUAAAUCUGCGCCUUGUAUAUAAAACCGCAGUUGGAUCUUACAGACACUACCCAGUCGAAACUAGACUAGCUAACGACGACACUACAUACUAUCUCGUGAACACUGGUGAAAAAAAGCUUGUGCACCAUACCAGUCUCGAUCAACUCGUCCGAUACUAUCAAGUUUGUUGAAG